AUGCUCUACGUGCUCAGUGUAUUCCAUGCAAUAUUUGCGUUGUGCUCAGCUGAAGAAUCUGAUCUUCCUCUAACAGUUACAUGCAAGCGGAAUUCAGAUGACUAUUCGGCUUGUUUAAAACAAGCUAUUGAGGAGGUAUGGCCACGAUUUGUAGCAGAUAUACGACUUCCAGAAUUUGACAUUCCACUUUUGGAUCCGUUUUUUCACAAAUACUACAAAUUUGUAAUGAAUUCAGACAACAUGCAUGGAGAAUUAAUUUUGUCAAAUAACACUAUAAUUGGUUUAUCAAAACUUCGUAUUUCAAAUGUAAGAACGCAUUUUCUUGAUGAGGUUUUCCGUUUGGAAACUGACAUAAACAUAUCUUCAAAAGGUUCUGUAAAAAUUAAUGGUAAUUUCAAUCUAUUCAGAAUUGCUAAUGAAGGAUAUUAUAGUCUAAUCUUGGAAGAUGUCAGCGGAACUACGAAUUUUACAGGACAUGUAAUAAACGAUACAUGGAUUGUAGAACAUUUUUAUUUUGUUCCGUCAAUUGGAAAGUUUAAAUUGUAUUAUGAUAAUGUAGACAAAAAAAAAGCAAUCACUGUCGUAAAUUUAGUAAAUACGAAUUGACUAAGGCUUUAUCCAGUGAUAAGGUCAUCUUUGUUCGAUAGAAUAGAAUUGCUUUUGAUUGACUUUGCAAAUAAGUUCUUCUCGAAAGUAUCCUUCUCAAAAAUAUUUCCAUAAAAAUUUAUAUAUUAUAUAAGUCAGAGCACAAAUAUCUUAUAAAUAAAGAAUGUUCAGAAUUUUAAACGCAAACAUAUAUACUCUCUAAAUCUGAAUCAGUGAAUAAUCACUGAUAUCAGUGUCACUAGUAAUCAGUGAAUUAAAUAUGAGAUCCCUAAUCUAGCUAAUCUUUAUUAUAUGAUCUAAUUAAUCUUGUUUUAGUGCUUAAAUUCAAUGAACGAUAUUGAAAAAUUGAAAUUAACGUGCAAAUUAGUAUUUUAGUUAUAAUGCUCAAACAUUCUUUCUUUUUUGAAUUUCACUAAUUAUCAGUGCUAAAUAGAUAAUUAGUGGUUAUCCAUUGAUUCAGAUUUAGAGAAUAAGUUACUUCUCUACAAUUCUGUAUUAAUCUUUGUUUUUAAAUUAUUAUUUGAAAGCAAAAUAAAUAUAUAUGUUAAAAUAUAAA